GGUCUUCAGAUAACGCGCAAAAUGGGAAGUGCAAACGCCUGAGAAAACCUCUGAGGACAGACCGCUCCGUGGCUUCUGUCUCAAGGAAUCAAGGGUAUUUGGUGAUUGAGACAGAGCACCUGCAGCCAUGAGCAACCCUUACGCACACAUUGUGGAGGUGUUGGACCCACAGAAACCUGACCACAAGUUCUACAACCUGUCCAAGCUGAAGGACCCCAGAUACGAGCGCCUGCCCUUCUCCAUCCGCGUGCUGCUCGAGGCUGCGGUGAGGAACUGCGAUGAGUUCCUGGUAAAGCCGGCGGACGUGGAGAGCAUCCUGAACUGGAAGGAGACGCAGAGCCGGGGCGUGGAGGUGCCUUUCAGGCCCGCCCGGGUCAUCCUGCAGGACUUCACUGGCGUGCCCGCGGUGGUGGACUUCGCCGCCAUGCGUGAUGCGGUGAAGAAGCUCGGGGGAGACCCGGAGAACAUCAACCCUGUGUGCCCUGCUGACCUGGUCAUAGACCACUCCAUCCAGGUGGACUUCAACAGAAAAUCUGACAGCUUACAGAAGAACCAGGAUUUGGAAUUUGAAAGGAACAGGGAACGGUUUGAGUUUUUAAAGUGGGGCUCCAAGGCCUUCAGGAACAUGCGCAUCAUCCCCCCGGGCUCCGGCAUUGUGCACCAGGUGAACCUGGAGUACCUGGCCCGGGUCGUCUUCGACCAGGACGGAUUCUACUACCCCGACAGCCUGGUGGGCACGGACUCUCACACCACCAUGAUUGACGGCCUGGGGGUGCUGGGCUGGGGUGUGGGUGGGAUUGAGGCAGAGGCUGUCAUGCUGGGCCAGCCUAUCAGCAUGGUGCUUCCUGAGGUCAUUGGCUACAAGGUGGUGGGCAUACCUGACCAGCUCAUCACCUCCACAGACAUUGUGCUCACUGUCACCAAGCACCUUCGUCAGGUUGGUGUGGUGGGGAAAUUUGUUGAGUUCUUUGGCUCAGGUGUUGCCCAGCUGUCUAUUGCUGACAGAGCCACCAUCGCCAACAUGUGCCCGGAGUACGGCGCCACGGCAGCCUUCUUCCCUGUCGACCACAUCAGCAUCGAGUAUCUGAGGCAGACGGGGAGAGAUCCAGAAAAGCUAAGCUACAUCUCGCAGUACCUGCAAGCAGUGGGGAUGUUCAGAGACUACAGUGAUGCCUCCCAGGACCCUGACUUUACUCAGGUGGUAGAGCUGGACUUGGGGACAGUGGUCCCUUGCUGUAGCGGGCCCAAGAGGCCUCACGACAAGGUCGCUGUGUCCGAAAUGAAGAAGGACUUUGAGACCUGUCUAGGGGCCAAGCAAGGCUUCAAGGGCUUCCAGGUGGCACCAGAGCAUCAUGCUGCUACAGUGUCAUUCCAGUACAACGGUGCAGAGUUCUCCCUGUCCCACGGUUCUGUGGUCAUCGCCGCCAUCACCAGCUGCACCAACACCAGCAACCCGUCCGUCAUGUUGGGGGCUGGGCUCCUGGCGAAGAAGGCGAUCCAAGCAGGGCUGAACGUGAAGCCUUACAUUAAAACCAGCCUGUCUCCCGGCAGCGGAGUGGUCACGUACUACCUGAAGGAGAGCGGCGUCAUGUCCUACCUCACCGAGCUCGGGUUUGAGGUGGUGGGCUAUGGCUGCAUGACCUGCAUAGGGAACAGUGGUCCUCUUCCAGAGUCAGUAGUGGAGGCCAUCACUCAGGGAGAUUUGGUGGCUGUUGGGGUCUUGUCCGGCAACAGGAAUUUUGAGGGCCGUGUCCAUCCCAACACCCGCGCCAACUACCUGGCCUCGCCGCCGCUGGUCAUCGCCUAUGCUAUUGCCGGAACCGUCCGGAUAGACUUUGAGAAGGAGCCCUUGGCGGUGAAUUCACAGGGGAAGGAGAUCUUCCUGAGAGACAUCUGGCCCACACGGGAGGAGAUCCAAGAAGUGGAGAGACGCUUUGUCAUUCCUGCCAUGUUCAAGGAGGUCUAUGAGAAGGUCGAGAAUGUGAACGAGCGCUGGAACUCCCUCAAGGCCCCCUCUGACAAGCUCUACACCUGGGACCCCAAAUCCACCUACAUCAAGUCUCCGCCUUUCUUCGAUGGACUGACAAAGGAGCUGCAGCCGCCCAAAUCCGUCACGGACGCGUAUGUCCUGCUGAACUUCGGGGACUCUGUGACGACGGACCACAUCUCUCCUGCUGGGAACAUCGCCCGCAACAGCCCCGCAGCGCGCUACCUGACCAGCAGGGGCCUGAACCCGAGAGACUUCAACUCGUACGGAUCCCGCCGUGGCAACGACGCGGUAAUGGCCCGGGGCACCUUUGCCAACAUCCGCCUCUUGAACAAGUUCCUGAACAAACAGGGCCCACGCACCGUGCACCUGCCGUCGGAAGAAACGCUGGACGUGUUUGAUGCUGCAGAGCGGUACCAGCAGGCUGGGGUGCCCCUCCUGGUGCUGGCAGGAAAGGAAUAUGGGUCAGGCAGCUCCAGGGACUGGGCAGCCAAGGGGCCUUUCCUGCUGGGCAUCAAGGCGGUGCUGGCGGAGAGCUACGAGCGCAUCCACCGCAGUAACCUGGUGGGCAUGGGCAUCAUCCCGCUGGAGUACCUGCCCGGAGACACGGCCGAGUCCCUGGGGCUGACUGGCCGCGAGCGCUACACCAUCGUCAUCCCCGAGCAGCUCUCGCCCAGGAUGGUCGUCGACAUCAAGCUCGACACAGGGAAGUCCUUCCAGGCGCGGAUGAGGUUUGACACCGAUGUGGAGCUCACGUACUUCCACCAUGGCGGCAUCCUCAACUACAUGAUCCGAAAGAUGUCCGACAAGUAGGGGGGGAGUCCUCCAGGCCAAACGGAAAAGCAGAGCUGCUGGCACAGCACCCAUCCGGAGAAAGAACCCAUUUACGAGGAACAAGUUGACACUAAAACGCACCCUCUGUUCUGGUUUUCACUUGUACGUCCUUUCACGUUUCAUGUCUUAGCGUGUUAAUCUCACCCUCUUUGCAGAGGCUGGAAGGACUGCAAAUGAAAGUGAAGAACCAUGGCCUCACUCUUUACCUCAUCAUUGCCAAGCUGUAAUUCCCCUGCAGAAAUUAUGUAGUUUUGUUAUCAUGUAGUCAGUACUCUGAUCUCUUUGUCUAUCUUCUUGCCAUUUUUGGUCUCCUCUAGGGAUCAGUAGCCGUCUCUCGUAACUUGCUGUAACCGUUUGUUUUGUGUUGAAGUGUCUCUCUCAUGCAGAUGUCACGUUGGAACAGCUGUGAUUUCUAUGCUAACACGCUGCAGCAGUGGAACAGAGGAGUGUUGUGUCAGUCCCAGUUGAAGUUGGUGGGCAAACAAUAUUGUCAUAGUAGCCUCUGUCACACUGGCACUUAGAGCCGGGUCUCAAGAACGCACAUAAAUGGCCGGGGAGCGGGUUGGCCUCUGGUCAGUCACUCACAACAGGAAUCAAGGUUUACUGAGCAAAAGUGAUUUUAUGUAAGGCGAACGUCGUGUAGAACACCAACAGGUGUCAACGUCAUUUCACAAAUUUAAAGCAUUAAAGCAUGCAUUCGCAAAAAGCAAACAGCGUUUGCCUUAAAGCAGUUAUAUGGAAAAUAUCCACCCUACAUUGAGGGCGAGCUGUUUUUCAAAGUGCCUACUUCUUCUGCAGCUGAUGCAUUGUUUCGAAGGAAGGAUCUGGACCAAAGGCAUUUUUUUUUUUUUUU